AUGGCCUCCGCCGCGGCGUGCGGCUCCGCGCCCGCCCGCCCGCCCCGACAGCAGCCGCGGCCGCGGGGCGACUCCCGCCGGCGCCAGGCCGCGCUCUUCUUCCUCAACAACAUCUCCCUGGACGGCCGCCCGCCCUGCCCGCCCUCCGAGCAGCCGCCGCCGCCCGCCGGCUCGGCCGAAGGGGAGGAGGCAGCGGCGGCGGCGGCGGCGGAACCGGCCGGGGCCCCCCCGCGCCUGCAGUCCCCGGCGCCCCCCUGCCCGCCGCCGCCCGCGCUGCUGCUGCCCGGGGUCCCCCCGCUGCUGGCCGCCGCUGGAGCCAAAGGGGAGGCGGACCCCUCCCGCGGGGGCAUCUUCCUGCCGCCGCUGCUGCUGGGCGGCCCGCUGUGCCCGCCGGUGCCGCCCGCCCCGCCGGGGAUGCUGGCGGCCGCUAAGCCGGGCGCAACGGGGCUGCUGAGCCCUACGCAGAGCGCGGCGGGCGGAGGCUUCGUGCUGGAGGCGCAGCGACAGAGAAGGCGUUUUAUCUCCCAGCGCUGCUCUCUAGACUUUUUAGAAGACAUAGUGGAAUAUGCCAGUGUACGAAGGAACAAGCCUAUUUCUGGGUCUCCAAGACACAAAAGUUUGAAGAAGAUGCACUUCAUCAAGAACAUGAGGCAGUAUGACACCAAGAACAGCAGGAUAGUGUUAAUCUGUGCUAAACGAACACUGUGUGUGGCUUUUUCUAUCCUACCUUACGGGGAGAGUUUACGGAUCAGUGAUCUAAGAAUGGAAGGACAGAAGCAGCGACAUCCUUCUGGGGGAGUUUCAGUCUCCACGGAGAUGGUGCUUGGACUGGAAGGAGUAGAGCUGGGUGCUGAUGGCAAGGUUGUGUCCUAUGCAAAAUUCCUGUAUCCAACCAAUGCCCUCGUGGUUCGCAAAGCCGAUGGCCACGGUGCUGUUCCCUCGUGUCGAGCUGGUGCUUCUCGGAGUCUUCCUGGAUCAAGAUACAAACCUGCGACAGCAAAAGCAAUACCAGCAGGAACAGACCUUGGAAGUGAAGCUGGGGAAGCUGCAGAGUAUGAUCCAAAUAUUCUGGAUGAUCCUCAAUGGCCCUGUGGAAAACACAAACGUGUUCUCAUCUUUGCCUCUUACAUGACUACAGUCAUUGAAUAUGUGAAACCCUCUGACCUUAAAAAGGAUAUGAAUGAAACCUUCAGAGAGAAGUUUCCUCAUAUCAAGCUGACACUGAGCAAAAUUAGGAGUUUAAAGAGGGAGAUGCGGAACCUGAGUGAAGACUGCAAUCUGGAGCCAGUUACUGUCUCCAUGGCUUAUGUUUACUUUGAGAAGCUCGUCCUCCAAGGCAAACUCAACAAACAGAACCGCAAACUGUGUGCUGGUGCUUGCGUUCUGCUUGCAGCCAAGAUCAGCAGCGAUCUCAGGAAACAUGAAGUUAAACACCUUAUAGAUAAACUAGAAGAGAGAUUCAGAUUCAACAGAAGAGAUCUCAUUGGUUUUGAAUUCACUGUCCUCGUAGCUUUGGAACUGGCGCUCUAUCUUCCUGAAAACCAAGUUUUACCUCAUUACAGACGGCUCACACAACAGUCUUAACCAAAGCUACUUUCAGCUGACAGCCAGUGGCGCUGGGGAUGGCAUCACUGAACACUGCUGGUGGAGUUGCCACCAGCCCUUCCACACGCCUGCGUGCAUCCUGCCCUGGCUACAGCCACUUUUGGAGCUUGCAGUGUGUCACUGAACUGUUGAGGUGUGCAUUGUGGCCACGUAUGGCAGGUCUGGGGGAUGGUACGAGAAGAGUUAAUGAACUUUAAUUUUCUUUUGGACAUUUAAAGCACAGAUAUUCACCAGUCAGCUGUCAUGGCUGCUUAUUAUUCCUUAUUUAUCCUUUUGGUUUUACUAAAACUGUUCUUCCCUAUGAAGAAUACUAUGGUAUUGUUUCUUUUUGUUUAUUUUUAAAGCCUUUAUUAUAUUCCUUGAAACUAAAGGAAUCAUCACUUCCAUUCCAGUGCACCAUAAAAUUCAGAGGUUUCUAAGAAUCUUCUUGCAUUUUUAUGUUAAUGAAAUGCAUACUUUAUUUUUUUAAUGAUGUGCCUAAAACUGGCUGGUCUGGUACCAGUGCUUUUUAAGUUGGUUAUUUUAUUUAGUGGGGAAUCCUGAAUUCGUGUAGCCAUUUAUUCUUUACCUGCAUUGGCCUUGCAUAGAAGGAAGACAAUUCCAGUAUAUCUGCACUAAUGAUACACAGGGCAUCUAUUCUCUACUAUACUACAGAUCUCUAGUAGUAAGACUGAAAUUACUUUGUUCCAAUUUAGUUGUAUAUUCUUAAGGUAUUAAUAAUCAUUUGAUUUAAAAGGUUGAAAAUCUCUAAUGAAGUACCUACCACAUGUUGAACAAGGUUGCUGCAGCAAAGCCAUUGCCAUCCAAAUUCACCCUUUAGUGCAAGAUGAGUGCUUGACUAAGAGCAGUUUUGCUGUCAAAUGUUUCAUUUCCAGUUUUUGUUUCAGCGUUCCAUGGUCUGAAAUAAGCACCUUUUUAGUAUGACUGUAUUAUAUAUGGUCUUACGUGUUCUGAAUACAUGAGUCAGUAGAGCUACUGCUGCCAAAUGAAGCCAAUGAAACAAAGCAUGCUCAAUAUUUAAAUGCUACCUUUUUACUCCGUUCUUCCAGCAUUGGUCACUGUGAUGGUCCUCAUAGAACUGGCAUUUAUUGCACAUCUGAACAGCCCAGCAGUGCUCUAAUGCUUACUCAGAGGUUAAGUAACUUCUCUGACCAUUGCCUAUUCCUUCAUUUACUUUAAAUAUCCAGGUUGGGAAUGAAUUGUUGUUUGGAACAUUCUGUGAUACUGGCUCUUGGGUUGAUUUUCUAAAGCAAUAUUAUUAUACAAACAACUGCGGCCGUUUGCAAGGAACAAAACUGAUGCUUGGCUAUUACAACUGAGAAACGUGUCAUUUAUGUUGGACUCCUAAAUGAAAUACUAGACCUCGUACUGAGGCAAGGGACUUGCUCUCUAAUAUGUACAGUAAUGUAAAUUCCUGUUCCUUGUAUUAAAUGUUGGUUGUAGCCAAAACCAAAGCUGAA